UUGGUUGAUUCUGCAUUUCUGCCUAAGGAGAACGGGAAAGCAAAAGAUCAAAUCGAAGAAAGAGAAAAGUAGAAUCGGAGACACGAAUCCUGUUUCAAUCUAGAGGGAGAGAGCUUGGAAUUGCAGCAAUGGCGGAAGAGAGCAACGCGCACAAGGAAUACGUACCGCCACCGGUGUACGAUUUGAACGCUAAAUGGGACGCAUGCCUCGAUUUGACCCUCCGCCGCGGCGUCUACUACUCCUUCGCCGGUGCUUUUGGAGGUCUCCUCUUAUUCAGGAGUCCUGCGGCACGUUGGGCUGCUAUAGCUUUUGGUGCUGGAGCAGGUCUUGGAUCUGCAUACUCAGAAUGCUCUUACAAAUUUGCAAAAGAUGGAGGUUUACCAGUUCCACAUGUUUCUAAUGCUUCAAAGGUGAGUACCGAGCAGGAAUGAAGUCCUCUUCCUGCACGGGUUUCACACCAGUUUUUUCAAACUUGAUGAGAUUGUUGUUCACCCUUGUCUGUUCAGUGGCUCUUGCCUUUCAUUAUUGCAGGAUUAUUUUGAAAGGUUAAUUAGAUUGUUCAAAGCCACGAAGUUACUUAUCAUAAACGCCUCUGGCUUUUUUGUCUGUAAUUCUAUUUACCAACUAAAGUUCAAUAGGUAAAGGUAAUAAUUUCUUCAUUGGCC